UGAGCAGUGCAUUCUGGGUACUGUAGUUCACCUGCCAGCUAGCUUUUAUAAUACUGUCUUUGGAAAUGACAACACAGCUUCUCUUCGUACUAGGGAAUACAGUUUUCUGCUUUCAAAUUCAUUUACAGUGUUUUAAACAUGAUCUUAUUUUGUGUUUCACAUAGCCUAAAGUGGCAAAUGCAUAGUUUACAUGCUAGAUAAAAAAAAAAUAUUUUAACAUCUAGGCUAAUCAAAGAGUAAUCUAUAAAAAGCGAGAGACUAAAUACACUACUGUCUUUUUUGUUGUAGGCCUGCGUCUCAGCUUAAUGACUGUUUGACAUUAAUAUAAGUUGCAAUGGUUGCAAAGUUCGUUAUCCAUUUGUUUAUUUAUUUAUCAUGUUUGUAAUCUGGCACUGGUCUGGAAUGGUGGCUUACACUUAAUGUGUUGAAAAUCUGUUUUCAUGUUUUCUUCUCGUUUGUUCAGAAGUUCUCAUCUUACACAAUUUGAAAUCUAGAUAGGCGCCGCAGCGGUCAACUAAAUCGGUCCUUUGGCACGCUCCGCCCUCGUUACCAUGGAAACUCCCUUACACUACUUUCAUCUGUGACGCUAAAGUCAAUCUUGAGCUGAACAGCAAAAACAACACGAUAAAGAGCUUGUAAUGUUAUUAUAUGGCCUGCAGUUGUCACUCGGAGAUGUCACUACACAACGAAAUUAAAUUUCCACCCAUAACACCGUCACAAAAAAAGAGUCUUACUAAUUAUUUAAGUUCACACACCUACCCUGUCCAGUCAUCAGAGGAGGAGCAAAAUGGGGAAAGUGGCGCUCUGUCUGUUCGACAUGCAGCAAGAAAGUUGAACUGGAUGGAUACCAGUCAUAUUUUUGCUGGCCCAUGGAGAAAGCCUCAGCUUCUGAUUCAGCUGGAGAGCUAUGUGAACAAGGAGCUUCAAACUAUCAGCUUUGAUCAGCCAGCAUUUCAGGAACUAAAACUACAGAUCUACCGUGACGUUUUUGGACGAUUCAUUAAAGAGUUCAAAACCUACCAACCCCUUCUGUCUGCUAUCAAAAAGGAAUAUGAAAACACUUUAACAUUCCAGCAGGAUCAAAUCCGAAAACUGGAACCACUGCAAUCCCAUCUGAGGCUUGCAUCAGAAGAAUGUGAUAAGAAGAUACAAGCUCACUUAGAAGAGGAGCAGGCCAAGAUUGGAGCCUUGAAAAGGGAGAAUCAGCAAAUGCAAAAAAUCAUUGAGGAUAUGAAGGAGAAAGAAAGGGCGAUGCAAAGAGUGGUGGACCAUCUGCAGGCUGAAGUCUCUAACCAGUAUGUGCAGUACCGGGAGGAGGGUGAUGCCCGUAAGCUGCUGAUCUGGCAGCUCAAUGACUUAACAGGAGGCUGUGUUAAGGAGGACCCUGCAGAUCAAAAAACAGAGAUUCAGGACCCUGUGGUGCUGCAGCUUGCUCUAAAGGUGUGUCGGGAAGACCUGACCAAAGUGCAGACGGAGCUGGUCAAGAUAAAGGCGGAGCACUGGGACGUUGUGCCACGAUGCAAGUGGGACACCCUGACACAAACACACACACAGACCCUCCUGCAGUUGCAAACGCUUCAGGGCGACUUUGAUCGGUUGAAGAGUGAGUAUGACAACCUGCUGGAGCUCCAGGCAAGAGAAACCAUGCAGAACAAGAGACAAGACUCCAUUAGUGAGCAGGUGUUGGAACUGAGGAAGGAAGUCCCUCAGAAGUCUGCCAAGGAAAUAGAAGAACCGAUGGCCUCAUCUCAGAGCAAACCAGACAGUAACACCAUCUCCUCUUAGAUACUUCACAUCUCUGUACAAACCAGAAGCCUUUCACUGUUUUUUCAGGCUGGUUUUGGGGUUUGUAGUUCACUUGAGGCAUUCCACAUCUCUCAUAUGCAGCCAUUGUCAGACCUCUGUGCCUUCCUGUGGUGAAAAUAUUGAAUAAGACUUUACUUUUUAGGUGACCUCAGAGGCUUUAAUGUGGCAAUCUGGAUGAACCAUUAUAUGUUUUCAUGUUUCAUGCAUGGGACUAGAUUCCUCAUUAAUCAUGUAUUGUGUAAUACACAUUUUGAGCAGCUCCUACCAUUGAAACAACUGCAAAUGUCCAUACAUUGAUAUAGCCGUAUCAUGUCAAACUGAAGAGUUUAUUCUAAUACAAAUCUUUUCACCUCCAGUGUAGGUAGGAGUCUUGCAUCAUAGCUCUCAUACAAAAAAUAUUGCGGGCAUUGCUUUAAAGGCUCUUGGGGAGAAAAAAAGUAAAAAGAAACCAAGGAAGAAAAAGGAUAAAAGUGGAAACCAAAAAUAUAGGGAAUUAAUACAAGGGCUGGACAGAUAUGGGAUUUUUGGGGCUAAUACCAAUACCGAUAUUGGCAAGAAAGAAAAAAACAGAUACCGAUAUAUUGGCCAAUAUCUUUCUUAGAUCUAUGAUAUCUAUAGAGAUAGAUCGAUAAAAUUGUACACAUUUAUUGUGUUGAUCCCUUUAAAUGCAGUUAUCAAAGACUUGUGUAAAAGAUAUACAGUAUAACGAAGACAAGAUGGUUACUCAACUGGAAAGUAACUGUGCAUGUACGUGCAUCACUGCUUGAUGGAGAGGGAUAAUACUUGUUGUAAUCCAUAUAGCACACUGCUGGUGAAAGAGAACAGCUAGUUUAAUACAAUGUAACUUAAAUGAAAUGCAAUUUGACUGGGGAAUAAAUCUAGUAAUAUCGGCGCAUAUCUGCGAUAAAAAAUGAGCCAAUACCGACAGUCACUGAAUAAGAUAAUAUCGGCUGUUAUUAUCGGCUAACUGAUUAAUCUGUCAUGCUCUAUUUAAUUAAUAAAAAGAAAGGACUCUUGAUCAUGAAAAAUACAAACAGUAUACCAUGCUUUUUGUUGGAGAACAGGGAAGGAAUUCAUUUGUUAACUUUUCGUAACAAGAGUUCCAUUAAUCAGUUAUCCAACAAUGAAUGUGCAGUGAAAUAAAUAAUUAAAAUAAAUGUAUAUUAAUGAGAUGCUGUCUAAUAGCAGUAAGUAUUUCAAUCUUCAUCUGUUUAAAAAGGACAAUCUUUUAUUUCACCACAAUUUUUUCAAAAAAGAUUCUGGGGUUGAAACGUAAAGGUUCAAUGUUCAAUCACAACAACAUUUAGUUACAGCCAUGUCUUUG